GGAUACAUAUAAAUUUUAGUAUAUUUUGUGUGCAAUUCAAAGAAAUUAAUGGCCAUGAGUUCCUAUUUGAUCAACUCCAACUAUGUGGACCCCAAGUUUCCACCCUGCGAGGAAUAUUCCCAGAGCGACUACCUACCCAGUCACUCUCCGGACUACUACAGCGCCCAGAGACAAGACCCCUCGUUCCAGCAUGAGUCGAUCUACCACCAGCGGUCGGGCUGCGCCGACCCACCCUACUCAUUGUGCCAGGGUUCGGGGCAGCCUGCUGCGGUCAUCUCUCCGCGAGGUCACGUUCUACCCACAACCGCACUCUCGACCCCUCUCCCUGAACCAAGCCAUCACUGCGACUCGGUAACUCCGAGCCCCCCGCCUGCCUGCGGUCAGACUCCCACUAGCCAAAACACUUCAACGGUCACUUCAAGAAAAGAUCCCGUGGUAUACCCCUGGAUGAAAAAAGUCCACGUAAACAUCGUGAACCCGAACUACUCAGGGGGUGAACCCAAGCGCUCACGCACAGCCUACACGCGGCAGCAAGUCUUGGAAUUGGAGAAAGAGUUCCAUUACAACCGCUAUCUGACUCGCAGACGGAGGGUGGAGAUUGCCCAUACACUAUGCCUAUCCGAACGACAGAUUAAGAUUUGGUUUCAGAACCGGCGCAUGAAGUGGAAGAAGGACCAUAAGCUUCCCAACACCAAAAUACGCAGCAGCUCUGCCAACACUAAUUCAAGCAGCAGCCCGACACUGGGAAGCAAUCAGAACCGAGCAAGCGGACCUCCGCCAAGUCUAUAGCCCUCCACUGUUGCCCAAAACACGUACAAUUAUAAAAUCAAAUUUUCUGGAGUGUAGAACGUGGAUUUUACCCGCGUUGUGUCUCCCAACUCUCCCCUGCACUCUAAUUACAGGGAUAAAAUAGGAGGAAGAUGUGGGGGAAAGGAGCAAAGAAAUUGUUCAUCUUUUUAACACUAAAAAUGGGUGAAGACUCGAACUCAAAUGCUACUAUGUAUGGGUUGCCUUCCCAGUCUGGUUCCCAUUUUUAUCCCGCACGCCUCUCCUGCUCACUCGCCCCCUCCAUAAGCACAGAAAGGCGGCAGAUAGCUUUCAGAUUUGGUGAAGAUGGAUCCGUGUUUCAUCUUUAAUCACGCCAAACUCGGCCCCAUUUGUCAUGUUUACUCUGUGGUACAAAGGAUGAACCGUAGGCCUGCCCAUUACCUCGACGUCUAGCGUUGUGCUUAAUAAAUGAGUCGCUCUGUUUUGUCAAGAAGCCUUUUCGAACUCCCUUUAUUCCCCUGGCUUAUAAAUAACUAGCCGAGUGUUUUUCAACUGAUAUGAAGUUUUGUAUUUUGUAGCAAUUAGGUUAUUUUGCAUUUGCUAUUUGCAUUUCGAAUGCAAUGCCAAUGGGACUGAGGGUUUAUUGUGCGUGUGGUCCAUUUGUCGCUCAUUAAAAAUACAGGGACUUGUUUCACUCGCCUGUUUAGCGCAUUUCACUUUAAGAACAGCAAAUUACUAAUUAGUUAGUAUUAGUAUUAAAUAUAAUAUAAAAGUUAAAUGAAGCUGGACGGCUAGAUAUGCAUAACCAAAACCGGUACAACGCAAAGCAUUUUAAUGAGAGCACUGCUAAGUACUAUUUGAAUUACCU